AUGGUGAGUAGGAUGGAGGGACGAGUCGAACAAGUGGAGACAAAUUUGACAGGGGUAAGAGAAGAUGUCAGAAAACUAGAAGGAUGGUUUCAAGAAAUGACAGAGACUCUUGCGAGAAUUGAAGCACAAGGAAGAACUAUGAUGGCAGAAGCAUCUCCUUCUCAAACCAGAUCUGUCGGAAACCAAGAAGAGGGAAGCAAUGUCAACUGGGCUGGAGAAAAAGAUGGGAAGAAGUUUCGGAAACUACAACUACCAGUUUUCGAAGGAGAGGAUCCUUUGGGAUGGAUUUUCAGAGUGGAGCGAUAUUUUGCCUUGAAUGAAAUUUCUGAAGCGGAAAGAUUACAGGCAACAUGUGUUUGUUUGGAAGGAAAAGCCUUAAAUUGGUAUUAUUGGAUGGAAUCUCGGCAACAAAUGUUAACCUGGGAAGACUUCAAAAGAGAGUUGUUGAACCGAUUUCAUCAUUCUCAAAAAAUCAACCAAUAUGCUGUCUUAAUGGGAUUGAAGCAGGUUAGCACAGUUACUGUGUUUCGUGAAGAAUUUGAAAAGGUGUCAGCAUCUAUGAAGGAGGCAUCUGAUGGAAUGUUAUCUGGAGUGUUUUUAAAUGGGUUGAAAGAGGAAAUUCGGGCAGAAGUGAUGUUGUUACAUGCUCAAACAUUGAGGGAGAUAAUGGAGAUGGCUCAAAAGGUGGAGGAUCGAAAUUAUGUUUUGCAGCAAGUACAAGGUUUUAAAUUUGAAUCAGGCAGAGGAAGUGCAAGCAAUAAACCAGUUGGGUUUAGACCCAAUUAUCACCGAGUUGCAAACAUUCUUGAAUCUCGUGACUCAAGAGCCGGAGUAGCAAGUCGUAACACUGAUUCACCAGUGCAUACUGCCACAAAGUCAACUAGCUUCAACGGGACUGCAGUAGCAAAGUCUGAAGGACAAUUCAAAAGGAUGUCUGAUUCAGAAUUUGCCCAAAAAAGAGAGCUAGGGUUAUGUUUCAGAUGUGAUGAAAAAUUUGGCCCUAAUCAUCGUUGUAAACAUAGGCAGCUUAACCUAUUGAUUAUUUCAGAGGCACCCAACAUAGAUGAAAAUGAAACAGAGGAAUUCUUUGAGUCUACCGGAGAAGAUGUAACUGAAGGGGAAAUGAAAGGUACUAUGAUGGUGUUAAAUAUGAAUUCAGUUGUGGGCCUUACAGGAGGUAGAACAAUGAAACUUGUGGGGAAGAUUCAUGGGCACGACGUGAUAAUUUUGGUCGAUAGUGGAGCUACCCAUAAUUUUAUAUCAUCCACCCUCGCUCAUCAUCUGCAAUUACCUAUUAAGAAGACCAAAGGAUUUGAAGUAACAAUUGGUAAUGGUCAGCAGGUUAGUGAAAGUGAGGUAUGCAACGAGGUAAGGAUAGACGUGCAAGGAGUCCAAAUCAACCAACAGUAUUUUCUAUUUGAAUUGAGGGGAACUGAUGUGGUAUUAGGGAUGGAAUGGUUGGCCACAUUAGGAGAGAUGAGGGUGAAUUGGAAACUUCUUACCAUGAAAUUCAAAGAUGUAGGAAGAUUAGUGUCGCUUCGAGGGGAUCCAGCCAUGGUUCGAACAAUAGUGUCACUCAAAGCCAUGACCAAUUUGUUAAAGAAAGGAAACCAAGGAUUUCUGGUCGAGUUGAAUCAGGUAACAGUAACUGAAGAUGAAGCAGCUAUAACAUCAAAGGAGAUUGAAAAGUUAUUAUAUGAUUAUCCAGAAGUAAGUGGACAGGCCUUAGCCCUACCACCACGUCGUUCUUGGGAUCAUGCUAUUACUCUUCAAUCUGGAGCACAACCACCAAACAUUCGUCCAUAUCGAUAUCCUCAUUCUCAAAAAGCAGAGAUCGAGCGUUUGGUCAAAGAGAUGCUGGCUGCUGGAAUCAUUAAAACUAGUACUAGUCCAUAUUCUAGUCCAGUAUUACUGGUUAAGAAGAAGGAUGGAAGUUGGUGA